AUGCGGCGAUUAACUACCGAGAACCUCGACGAGGGACUUCAACUCGCAACGGAGGAGGCACACCCUGAUGUUGUGGCCACUCUAUUCGACGCCGGCGCACGCGCGACUUCUGCGAAGGACCGCCUUGCCGGGAGGCAACCGCAGAUGCCAGGCAUUAUUCGCCAGUUCUUCGAUCAUGGCCUUGAUCCUAAUGCGUCCACUUCUGAUGCAGCCUUCUAUCGAACACUGCCCUCCGCCCGCGAAUUCCUCGUACGAGGCGCUGAUCCAAACCGUUGUAGCCCGAGGCCACCAUCCCCCCUCGCGAUUGGAGGGUCCCCCCUCGCCCGCGCUAUUGCGACCGUCCGUGGAGAAGAUGUAUCUCGAAUUGAGCUACUUCUUGCAUACGGGGCCAAGCUAGAUUCACAUCUACUCUUUAGAGCCAUAGCUCCGCGCGUGAGGCAAAAGGAAUUCACGAUCAAGUUUCUUCUAGCUAAGUGCCUCGAUCCUAAUGUAACAGAUAAAACAUGGGGGACUCCUCUACAUCGCGCUAUCGAUCUUGGUCUGCCGAAUAUCAUCAAAGUGCUGCUAGACACGGGCGCAGACCGACCAGCGGGCACGCGAUACCAUGACGAGUCCCCGUUGCAAAUGGCUGAGAGGUCACAACAUCCUAAGAAGCAGGCUAUGCUUGAUCUCCUUCGGUCUCAGCAGGCUUACGAUUGA